AUGAAGUUUGGAAGAAACUUGGAUUUCAGGCUUAUCGCCAUCUGCACUACGUGUUUAUUGCUUCCAGUACUAGCCUGCCCCUCUGGGUGUGCGUGUAAGUGGAGAGAUGGCAAACAGCUUGUGGAAUGUCUGAACAGAGGAUUCAAAGCAAUCCCCGACUCAUUAGACCCGCAAACACAAAUACUAGAAUUUGCUGGUAAUGAUCUUCAAGUUCUACAGAAGGAAAUAUUUCGAAAACUAAACAUACUUGAUCUACAAAAAAUUUAUCUUCAAAAUUGCAAAUUGCACAAAAUCGACAACAAUGCUUUCAAAGGUCUAUCUAAUUUAGUCGAAUUAGAUUUGUCAAAUAAUUAUCUCACUGUAAUUCCGUGCACCAACUUCGAAUAUUUCCACAAUCUAAUGAAGCUGAUAAUGAAUAACAAUCUUGUAACGACCAUAAAAUCACAUUGUUUUGAGCCAUUGUCUUUCUUAACUAAUCUGGAGUUAAGUGACUGUAAAAUUGAAGUAAUCGAACAGGAAGCAUUUUCGGGCCUAACACAUUUACAAUGGCUAAGAUUAAGUGGAAAUAAAUUAUCCAAUAUUCAGGGAGAGAACUCCUUUCCUAGUACAUUAAAAGGGAUCGAGUUACAAAAUAAUACUUGGAACUGCGACUGUCAUUUGCGAGAUUUACAUACUUGGUUACGCAAUUUUGAUCAAAUUCAUGAUGUUGAACCGAUUUGCUCGAGUCCAGAACGACUGAGGAAGCGCACAAUUUCAAGUAUAUAUGAACGAGAUUUAGCCUGCGUACCGAAAGUAACUCCUGUGUCUAUGCACAUAGAAAUGAAUAUUGGUAGUAACGUAACACUUGAGUGUUCGGUCAAGGCCAUACCAGAGGCAAAAAUAUCCUGGUUAUAUCAAGGACAAGUGAUACCCAACUACACUAAUACGGUGCUCGAUUCACGAGAUAUAUAUUUUAUUGAGAACGGCUUAACCGAUAAAAAGAGCGAACUGUAUAUAUUUAACGUAGGAAUUGAUGAUAAUGGAACUUAUUCUUGUGUAGCAGAAAAUUCAGCAGGGAAGGUUUGGGCCAAUUACUCACUUAAAGUCAUUGUAAAAGAGGAACCAGUAGUUAUUGUAGUUUCGUUUCCUCAGAGACAUUUGGUUGUUAUAGUAACAAUUGUGUUUUUAGUAAUUGUGUUACUGAUUGCUAUAAUAGCUGUAGUUUUGCUAAAAUCCAAACCUGAUACAGCUCGGAGUCGAAAAAAGAAAGAGAGUGGUAAAGAAGUUGCUCUUUGUAAUCAAAUUCUGCCACCAAGUCGCAACAACGGAACUUUACCAAAAAAUAAUGGGAGUCUCAUUGAGACACAAUCACAUCACUCACACUAUACCGUACAUAAUAACCGUGAGUAUGAAAUCAAUGAUAUGUAUCAAUGUAAUAACAUGAAAAACUUUGUCGACCGCAAUCCUGAUCUAAUUAACGAUGCAGAAAUUUGUGGUACGCAACCUGAUAACAGUGCAUCGUUAUCUCUAUACAAAACUCAUAUUCCAAACGCAGAUGGAUUUCAACAAGAAACAACGUUUAUUGCCGCACCAAUGCCUCGACAAGUUACUUGGCAAGACCAACAACAAAACAUGAAUCACCCGAAUUUUCCUCAAAAUACUAUCAAUAAUAUAUACCAGCACUCAGCCGACGUUCAUUUAAAUCCUGGCUAUUUCUUGGAUAACGAUGGUUAUCCACAUGAUUAUGGUUUACCAAAACAUCAAUUUCGACCAUCAAUUAUAUCAAACUAUUCAGCUGUUGGACCUUUUCAAACUUUGCCUUAUAAUAAAGCAAAAGUUCAGAACGUAGUGACAAAGUUUGCCAAUGAUAAUGAGUUUAACACUACCUCCCCCCUUCGUCCAAAUUUUGAAGUAUUCAGAUCAACAAAUGUGCGUCGUACAUUAGAUGGAUACCCUGUUCCCCGAAACCGCCAGAUUACUUUCGUUGGUAAUGGCUCAGUGUUUUAUAAUGAAGAAUUUGUUCCGUCCCCGCCAGAAGGUUACAAAAUGGAGCCAUACUCUGCUCCCAUAGAACCGACUUCGUCAUGCGAGAAACCAAAGGGUACAGUUUCAAUGAUGGUUUCAAAAGGCGCAACCCAAGCUCCUGGAAAGAAUUACCAAAUUGAAACUCGGUGUGUAGAUACACAAACAAACGCUUGUACAGAUAACUUUCACGUUGUAGACUGUUCUGAAAAUGUUCUCAAAACAAUGCCUCAGAUUUUAAAUGCAAAAUGUGCAUCGGAUAUAUGUUCAGAAAGUCCUGAUGAGGGUUAUGUGGAUGCGAACGAUAUCUGACGACGACGGCAAGUACCCUGCGUUAAACGCGAAAUAAGUGAUAAAGCGACUGAAUAAUUAGUAUCUUAAAUAAGAUUUAGGAAAAUAUUAGAUGGAGCAUAUUUUGCAUUCACUGCUUUUAAAUCAUACAUAACAGUAUUAUCAAAGAAUUGUUAAUAGUUAAUAUUGCAAGGUUAAUUUCUAAACUUUUACAGGGAUGAAAAUUUGUAAAAUAUGCUUCAUCUUCUAGAUAGAUUUGAUGAAUGGUGUGAUGUAAAAAUCAAAUAUCAUUAACCAAUAAUUUUCUAGUCAUCUCAUACUCAUGAUUUUUA